ACGUGCCCCCGAGUCAUGUGACCCUGGUUGAGUUUGCGCAAACAUCUUUGAAAACGUCAGUCAUUCGCCUGCUGCCUUUUCUCUCCGAGUCGUCGCGUCCUGUUGACCCGCUUCGACUCCGAUUCGACAAGCACACAUGAGCGUGAGGGACUGUUCGCAUCACUGACGUCAUCAGCUGCCGCCUCUGUCACACAAUGGCGCUGGUGUGGUGGUCCCUGUUGGCGUCCGGUCUGCUCGGCACCAGCAUGUCGCUGGUGUGUCCCGACGGUGGCACCUGCCAAGAGGGAAGCACGUGCUGCACGGAUGUGGCGGGACGCUAUGGCUGCUGCCCUCUGCCUCGCAGUGUGCGAGCGUUGGCUGUGUUGUGCCCGGACCAGCACUCGGAGUGUCCGGGCGCCACCACGUGCUGCCAGCUUCCUGACGGCUCGUGGGGGUGCUGCCCGUUGGCUAAGGCGGUGUGCUGCGACGACAAGCGUCACUGUUGUCCCGAGGGAACCGCCUGCGAUCUCACCCGCUCGAGAUGUGUUUCGGCCGGCAGAGACUGGCGGGGUUGGCAGCCCUUGAUGAGCAAACUUCCUGCGAAGCCUCGUGUCAGUGCUCCAGCCGCCAGCAAACUGGCCAAGGUGUCGUCAGUGACGUGUCCCGGCGGGGAAAGCAGCUGCCCCGACACCUUCACCUGCUGCCUGCAGGCUGGCGGAGACUACGGCUGCUGCCCCUACCAGGAUGCCGUGUGCUGCGACGACGGCGCCCACUGUUGCCCCAAUCACACCGUCUGCGACCUGCAGCAAGGCAUCUGCCGGCCGGCCGAGGGGCACGGCCGCUGGCUUCCCAAGCUGCCCGCAGAUGUGGAUUGUCCCAACAAAACAUGGACGUGUCCAGAUGAGACCACAUGCUGCCAAACAAGUCCGGGGGAGUACGGCUGCUGCCCAAUGCCCGAUGCCACGUGCUGCUCGGAUGGCCUUCACUGUUGUCCUCACGGCACCAUCUGCAACUUAGCCGCUGCCACGUGUGACGACCCCGCCAAUGGCGCCGCGUCCGUCCGCGCCAUCUCGCCUCCAAACACAAAGUGCAACGAGUCGAUGGUGUGUCCCGGAACAUCCACAUGCUGCCAGGACGUGGCCGGGGACUGGGCCUGCUGCCCCCUCAAGGAGGCCGUGUGCUGCCACGACGGCUUCCACUGCUGCCCUCAUGGGAAACGCUGCAACCUGGAGGCGAAGACCUGCGACGAUGCCUCUGGCGUGGCCCCGCCCCUCCCCUGGCUCGCCAAGACGACCGCCGUGGCGACGGGCGUCACUGCGUGCGACGAGCACACCAGCUGCCCCAAAGGGGCCAGCUGCUGCUUCAUGAAGAGCGCCGGCAAGUGGGGCUGCUGCCCGCUGCCGCAGGCUGUGUGCUGCCAGGACGGGUCCCACUGCUGCCCCGCCGGGCACACGUGCGACCCGCACCGCUCGUCUUGCUCCCGAGGACGCCGCGUGGUCCCCUGGCUCACCAAAACGCCAGCCGUCGCACGCCCCCCGGCAGUCGCCGAUGUCAAGUGCGAUGACAAGAGCAGCUGCGCGGCCGGCACCACCUGCUGCAAGUUGCCCACCGGCGAGUGGGGCUGCUGCCCGCUCGUCAAGGCCGUGUGCUGCCCGGAUCGCGAGCACUGCUGCCCGCAGGGCUACUCGUGCAACAUGGAGACGGGAACAUGCGAGAAGCCGGCCGCGGCGCCAGAUGUCGCCGCCGCCGCCGUCCGGGUGGAGACGAUGGUUCCUUGCGACGUGGCGGCGGCGUUCGCUUGCGCUGAGCGUGAGACGUGCUGUCGGAGUUCCGCCUCCGAGUGGGCCUGCUGCCCCUCGCCCCAGGCGGUUUGCUGCGCAGACAUGAAGCACUGUUGCCCCGCCCACUACUCGUGCCACCCGAGCGGCGGCUGCGUCCGGACGGCGCCCACGUGGGCCGCCUCCUUGCGCGACCCGGACAUCGUCUGACGCGUGCGCCGCACACGCAAGCCCACCUCCUCAAUGAGAAGUGUCUGGGCCCAGCAAAAGCAAGUUUAACUGCUUGAUUUAUUCACACGGUCGCUGCUGGCCAAUCAGCUUCUGCUUGUCACCUUAGCAAACAAACGGAAGUGUUUUUCAUGAACUAUAUGUCAAUAAAAUCAAACGUGUCAUGGA